AUGGCCACCCCCGGGGCAUACCAAGAGCACCUUCCGGCAGUCCCCUCAUGGCUAAACAAAGGUGACAACGCAUGGCAGAUCACAGCAUCGACUCUCGUCGGUCUCCAGAGCAUGCCAGGCCUCGUCAUCCUUUACGCCAGCAUCGUCAAGAAGAAAUGGGCCGUCAACUCUGCUUUCAUGGCCCUCUACGCCUUCGCAGCCGUUCUCAUCUGUUGGGUCCUCGUAUGCUAUCGCAUGGCCUUCGGUGAUCAGCUCUUCCCUUUCUGGGGCAAGGGCUCACCGGCUUUAGGCCAAAAUUACCUCAUCCGACGAGCCGCCGUACCGGAGAGCACACAUUAUUACGAGAAUGGAUCGAUUGAGACCGCCAUGAUCGAGCCUUUCUACCCAAUGGCCUCACUGGUGUAUUUUCAGUUCAACUUUGCGGCCAUUACCAUGAUUUUACUUGCUGGUUCGGUACUUGGACGAAUGAAUAUCAGGGCCUGGAUGGCUUUUGUCCCUCUUUGGCUCAUUUUUUCAUACACUGUUGGUGCUUUCAGUCUCUGGGGUGGUGGGUUUCUCUUCCACUGGGGUGUCAUUGAUUAUUCCGGCGGUUAUGUCAUCCACCUCUCUUCCGGAAUUGCUGGUUUCACCGCAGCCUACUGGGUUGGACCAAGAUUGAGGAGUGAUAGGGAAAGGUUUCCUCCGAACAAUAUCUUGCUGAUGCUUGCUGGAGCUGGACUACUGUGGAUGGGGUGGUCAGGUUUUAAUGGUGGGGCACCUUAUGCAGCGAACAUUGAUGCUUCAAUAGCUGUACUAAACACGAAUAUAUGUGCAGCCACAAGCCUUCUUGUUUGGACAUCACUUGAUGUAGUGUUCUUCGGAAAACCAUCGGUCAUCGGAGCUGUUCAGGGGAUGAUGACGGGUCUUGUUUGCAUUACUCCCGGCGCAGGGGUGGUGCAAUCGUGGGCGGCCAUAGUGAUGGGGAUGCUUUCUGGUAGCAUUCCAUGGUUUUCCAUGAUGAUACUCCACAAGAAGUCUAGUUUGCUACAGAAGGUUGAUGAUACCCUAGGUGUGUUUCACACACAUGCAGUAGCGGGUCUGUUGGGUGGGUUAUUGACUGGGCUUUUGGCAGAGCCAACCCUUUGCAGGCUCAUACUACCAGUGACAAACACAAGAGGUGCAUUUUAUGGUGCAAAUGGAGGUGUCCAGUUCCUGAAGCAACUGGUUGCAGCCUUGUUCGUGAUUGGUUGGAACAUCGUCUCAACGACGCUGAUCCUUUUAGCUAUAAAGCUGUUCAUGCCUCUAAGAAUGCCCGACGACGAGCUGAUGAUCGGAGACGACGCAGUUCAUGGAGAGGAAGCCUAUGCUCUCUGGGGUGAUGGAGAGAAAUAUGACCCAACAAAACAUGGUUGGCAUGCAUCAUCUUAUGGGGAAGAUGCAGGGCAAACUAGGUUUGUUAAUGGUGCUGCUAGAGGUGUAACCAUCAAUUUGUAAGACUACAUAAUCAUCUACAAGUGCAGGUAUACAUGUAUAGUAUUGCUUGUAUUGUCACAGGAGCUUUAGGUACGUGC